CGAGAAGAUGCUGCUCGCGUCGCCUCGUGCUCUCCGCCAUCCCCACCUCGCUUCCUCCUCCUCUGCCACCGCCGCUCUUGCUUCGCUGAGGCGAGAGCACCGCCCUGUAUAAAGCGCCCCACCGCGCGCGUCCGCAGCAGCACCGCCUCCACCACCCGCAGACGAGCGCGAGACGAGACGGUACCAAUGGCGGCCGCCGCCUCCUCCACGCUGCACGGCGUCGGCGCCGUCGCCCCUGCCAAGCCUAGAUCCGCCGCCUCAGUGGCGACGAGGAGCGUGCGCGUGGCCGCGGCGGCGAAGGGAGCGGCGGGCUCGGCGCGAGGCAGGCUGGUGGUUCGCAACGCCGUUGCAGCGAAGGCGAAUGAGGCGGCCGCGGCGGCGGGCUCCAAGUCUGGCGGGCAUGAGGUGCUGAUGUUUGAAGCCCUUCGUGAAGCCUUGAUAGAAGAGAUGAAUUUGGAUCCCACAGUGUGCGUCAUGGGUGAAGAUGUUGGUCACUAUGGAGGUUCAUACAAGGUGACCAAGGGACUGGCUGAGAUGUUUGGAGAUCUUCGGGUUCUUGAUACCCCUAUUGCGGAGAACUCCUUCACUGGCAUGGGAGUUGGAGCAGCAAUGAAGGGACUCAGGCCGGUUGUGGAAGGCAUGAACAUGGGUUUCCUUCUCCUUGCUUACAAUCAGAUCUCCAACAACUGUGGUAUGCUUCACUACACUUCAGGUGGUCAGUUCAAAAUCCCAAUUGUCAUCCGAGGCCCUGGUGGUGUUGGCCGUCAGCUUGGUGCAGAGCACUCACAACGACUUGAGUCGUACUUCCAGUCAAUUCCUGGCCUUCAAAUGGUUGCUUGCUCUACUCCUUACAAUGCUAAGGGCCUGUUCAAGGCAGCCAUAAGGAGCGAGAACCCUGUGGUGUUGUUUGAGCAUGUCCUCCUCUACAACCUGAAGGAGAAAAUUCCUGACGAGGAAUACAUUUGUUGCUUGGAGGAGGCUGAGAUGGUGCGUCCAGGUGAGCAUGUGACCAUCCUCACAUACUCUCGCAUGAGGUACCAUGUGAUGCAGGCUGCCAAGACAUUGGUGAACAAAGGGUACGACCCUGAGGUCAUUGACAUCAGGUCUUUGAAGCCAUUUGAUCUGCACACGAUAGGAAACUCGAUCAAGAAGACCCACCGUGUGCUGAUCGUGGAGGAGUGCAUGCGGACAGGUGGUAUUGGUGCCAGUCUGAGGUCGGCCAUCAUCGACAACUUCUGGGACUACCUAGACGCCCCCAUCAUGUGCUUGUCAUCACAGGAUGUGCCGACCCCCUAUGCUGCAACUCUGGAGGACGCAACUGUGGUGCAGCCUGCGCAGAUUGUGGCCGCAGUUGAGCAGAUCUGCCAAUAAUUGGAGUAUGACGACAUUGUUGGGUUAUAUAUGAUUCGUGGAUUCAUAAACACUGUGUUCUGUUCGCCUUGUCACGUAGUGACCCCCAUUGUGCCGUAGACAUAUAUUCUAUUUCCCAAUGCCAGAGCCAUGCUCUUACUUACUAGUGCUUUUUUGGCCAGUCUGUUCAUUCUGCAAAGUUCGAUACCCCAUGUUAGUUUUGUACUCCAGUGUUGGGUUUGUGCAUUCGUUUGUCUGUGAUCCGUUUCGACGAACAUUCUGGGGUUGGAUAUAUAACUUUGUAUGGUUUCUUCC